CUCAAGGCUCAAGGCUCAACCAAACCAACAUGGCGACGUCGCUUUCAGUGUGUGAAUUUUUUGAUGCGCCACUGUGAAUAAUAAAAUACAAUUAACCAACAUCUACUAGUGUAAUUUUCGGGUAUCGAAGGACAAAUUUAAGCCAGCACAUAACAGUUGAUAACAAUAGUUAUAGUGAAGUGUUGACGAUUUGAGUUAAAUCAUGCUAUUUUAAAUAGGUACCUAAUUUGGUGUCGGUGUUUGGUGAUUACAAUUUAUUAACUUAGGAGGUACCGGUAUAUUGUUAAAAGCUUAUAAAAUGACUCAGUUUUUACCUCCGAAUUUGCUUGCUCUCUUUGCUCCCCGAGAUCCAAUACCAUACCUUCCUCCAGUAGCCAAGUUACCCCACGAGAAGAAAACCAAGGGUUAUCUUGGUUUGGGGUCCUUCUUGGGGUGUUUCGAGGAUCCAAAAGACACGCCUCCUCCAACUCGAGUGGAAACAAGAGAAGAACGUUUAGAAAGGAGACGCAGGGAGAGGGCCGAGCAAGUAGCGUACAAACUUGAACAAGAGAUAGCAUUGUGGGACCCUCACAAUAACAGCAUAGCCACUCUUGACCCGUUCAAGACACUGUUCGUAGCAAGAAUUAACUAUGAUACGUCUGAAUCCAAACUCCGCAGAGAAUUUGAGAUGUAUGGAGCCAUUAAGAAAAUCGUCAUGAUCCACAACACCGUCAACGGGAAGCCGAGAGGCUAUGCGUUUGUUGAGUAUGAACACGAGCGUGACAUGCACUCUGCUUACAAACACGCUGAUGGCAAGAAGAUCGACGGACGCAGAGUGUUGGUGGAUGUUGAGCGGGGACGGACCGUCAAGGGAUGGAUGCCACGAAGACUCGGUGGAGGACUUGGAGGUACGAGACGAGGCGGGCCGGAGGUGAACUUGAAGCACUCUGGACGUGAAGACAACGAGCGAGAGAGAGAGCGCUAUCGUCUGGAGAGGGAGAGGGAAGCUGCCGGAGAGAGAGGUGGGAGGGACCGAGAGAGGGACAGAGAGAGGGAACCUCGCAGACGAUCUCGCAGCAGAGAGCGUGAACGUGAGAAGAGGCGCAAGUCUCGCAGCCGAUCACGAGACAAGAGACGCAGACGCAGCAGGGACCGCGUCAAGGACGCUGAUGUGGAGGAAGUGGAGGAGUUUGUGGAGAAACCGAGGAGAGAGAGAGACCGAGACCGCGGUGACCGAGGCGAUCGAGGCGACAGAGGUGACCGAGGCGAGCGUGGUGAGCGUGGUGAGCGAGACAGGGAACGCAAGAGACGCAGGAGUCAUUCCAGAGACAGGGAGAGGAAGCGAGAACGGAGAGAGAGGGAGAAACGUGAAAGAGACCCCGACUAUGAGGAGAAAGUUAGGAUCAAGCAGGAACCUAUAGAUGACUAUCCAGAUUACAGCAACAACUACGACGAGCCGGACUUUGAGGAAGGAAACGUCAAGUACGAGAAGACAGAGGAAGAACGAGAGAGACAAGUUGCCAGUGACAUUCCCGCCAACGAUGAACACAACGGCCGCGGCAACUACGAGUAUGAGGUUCAAGACUAUUGAACACGUAUUGGAAAUAUUUUAAACGUUUUUUAACUCAUAAGUUAUGACUAGAUUGAAUACGCUGAUUAUAAUUUUAGUGUGAAAUCAUCAUUAACAGUAAACAUUUGCAAUUA